AUGCUGCCUUACUUAUUGAUUAUAUCCUUGUUGCAAACAGAAUAUUGUGCCUCGGGGCGCAAUUGUAGUACAAAUGAUGAAAUCAAGAACUGUGUUGACGGAAUUAUUAUUCCUAUAUGGAAACCAUUUUCGGGGUUAACAUUAAUCGAGAGGAUUUCUCGUGGCUUGAUCUUCUUCAUGAUAAUCGCUUAUUUCUUUCUUGGUGUAUCUGUUGUUGCUGAUAGAUUUAUGUCAUCGAUUGAAGUUAUUACAAGUAUGGAACGAACAAUAACAAUAAAGCGCUACGGAAUUGAACCAUUUAAAAUAAAGGUGCGCAUAUGGAAUGACACUGUCAGUAAUCUCACCUUGAUGGCUUUAGGUUCGUCAGCUCCUGAAAUAUUAUUGUCGAUAAUAGAGAUAAUAGGAAAAAGAUUUCAAGCUGGUGAUCUUGGUCCAAAUACGAUCGUUGGUUCUGCUGCAUUUAAUCUUUUCAUGAUUAUUGCAAUAUGUGUUAUUGCAGUACCGAACAAUGAGGUUCGACGACAAAAACAUCUUGAUGUGUUUUGCGUUACUGCUACUUGGUCAAUAUUCGCUUAUAUAUGGAUGUAUAUCAUAUUAGCUAUAAUAUCACCUGGAAUCAUUGAAAUCUGGGAAGGCUUCCUUACAUUUUUGUUUUUUCCUAUUACAGUUAUUACAGCUUGGAUUGCUGAUGUUAAGAUUAUUCAAAAACGAUUUCUUCCACAUCGUUAUCGUUCAACAGGCCGAGGUUUGAUUGCAACGGAAGGUGAAGAAGUUGAUGAAGCUGAUCCCGUUUUAAAGGCAUUUGAAGAUAAUCGUGCAAAAUUUAUACAAAUAAUGAAAGAUUUGCGCAAGAAACAUCCGGAAAUGGAUCCAACAGAAUUAGAAAAAUUAGCGGAGUACGAAAUAAUCAACCAAGGACCCAAAUCAAGAGCUUUUUAUAGAGUGCAAGCAACAAGAAGAUUGGUUGGUGGUGGUGAUAUAAUUAAAAAAAGAGUUAAUAAAGAUCAUCACAAAAGCCUCGAAACUCUUCUUCAACGAGAAGAAGAAUCCAAAAAAAAUACUUGCCGAAUAUUCUUUGAACCAGCACAUUAUACAGUUAUGGAAAAUAUUGGGCAAUUCGAUGUCGUUGUUCGUCGUGAAGAUGGGCCCGAUGAUAUUACUUUAAUGGUUGAUUAUCAUACUGAAGAUGGUUCAGCUGAAGCUGGAAGUGAUUAUAUUCGUGCUCAGGGAACGCUGACUUUCCAUCCUGGUGAAAGACAUAAGGAAAUAACAAUUGAAAUACUGGAUGAUGAUGUAUUCGAGGAAGACGAGCACUUCUAUUUGCAUUUGACUAAUUUACGAAUGCGUACCGCUGACAAUCGCGUAACUGGGCUUCCUUCCUUCAAUGGAGCUCCUGUUGCUUGCAUAGAGAUGCCUUAUGCAGCAACUAUCAUGAUACUCGAUGAUGAUCACGCCGGUGUUUUUGCUUUUAAGCAAGGAAAUUUUCAAGUGAAUGAAAAUUGCGGGUUCGUGUCGUUGAAAGUUUGGCGUACUUCUGGAUGUCGGGGCAAAGUUAUUCUUCCUUAUAGAACAUAUGAUGGUUCAGCAGUAGCUGGAAAUGAUUAUUCAACAAAAGAAAAUGAAAUAGUAUUCGAUAACAAUCAAACCGAAGGCGAAAUACAAAUUGGCAUUCUGGAUACGGGACAGUAUGAACGAACGGAUUACUUUUUUGUCGAACUUUAUCAGCCUAUAUGGACCAAAAAAAUGUCAGAACGAUAUUGCUCUACUUUCUGCAGAAGUCGACAUAGUGAUGAUCUGCUUUAUUUAGAUUCAAAGCAUGACAAAAUAAAUUUAACAAGCGAACAAUUGGAAAUUGCUGAACUUGGUAAGCCUCGUCUGGGCGACAUCAAAACAUGUAAAAUAAUCAUUAAAGAAAGUAAAGAAUUCCAGAGUGUCAUCGAUCGAAUGUUGAGAACAGCAAAUUCAUCCUUAAUGCUCGGCACUUCAUCCUGGAGAGAACAAUUUGUUGAUGCAUUAACCGUUAGUGCUUCAGGUAUCAGCGAUAGAAAUACAGGUGAGUCGACAGUGGGAGGAAACAUUGGUAAUGAAAAGGAGGGCAAUGAACCAAAAUUUAUGGAUUAUUUGAUGCAUUUUGUGUGUGUGCCGUGGAAAUUAGUAUUUGCAACAAUUCCUCCUACUGAAUAUUGGGGCGGCUGGGCAUGUUUCAUUGUAUCGAUUGCAUUAAUUGGAUUAUUUACCGCAGUGAUAGGUGAUUUAGCAUCUCAUUUCGGCUGUUGGAUUGGUUUAAAAGAUGCAGUAACAGCAAUAUCGUUUGUGGCACUUGGCACGUCUAUACCAGACACAUUUGCUUCAAAAGUAGCCGCUAUUCAAGACAAAUAUGCUGAUUCAUCGAUUGGUAACGUUACCGGAUCUAACGCUGUUAAUGUUUUCCUUGGAAUUGGUAUGGCAUGGACAUUAGCAGCAAUAUAUCACUGGUUUAACGGUAGCGAAUUUUAUGUUGAUCCAGGAACAUUGGCCUUUUCAGUAACAAUAUUUUGCAUUGAAGCUUUAGUAUGUAUAACAGUCAUUAUUUUAAGAAGGCAUCCAAUUAUCGGUGGAGAACUUGGAGGACCUUUCAGAUUCAAGGUAACUCUUAUCUCGAAAUUUUUCUGA